AUGGACAGCCCUAGUGAUGAUGAACUUGAGCAAUGGUUGGAGGAAGAGGAGGAGAUUGCUGCUGCUGAUUAUGAUAUGUACAUCUCCAUUGCUCUUCUUGCCGAAGCCGAGGAAGAGGAAAAGAGGAACAAGAAGAAGCGGCGUGGAGCAAUACCGGGGCGUACAGUGGUUCCAAGGGACAGGUUUGGUUCCAACUUGCGCAUUGUGGCCCAGUAUUUUGCAAAUCCUCCAGUGUACAAUGACAAGUUCUUUAGGAGGAGGUUUAGAAUGUCCAAGAAUCUUUUCUUGCGCAUUGUGGAUGAGGUUGAGAGCCAUGAUGAUUACUUCAGGCAGAGGGCAAACGCAGUAGGUCUUCUUGGGGCGACUCUAGUUCAGAAGAUUGUUGGUGUGUUUUGCAUGCUUGCAUAUGGUGUUCCAGCUGAUAAUGUUGAUGAUGUUGUGAGCCUUGCCGAGAGCACUAUGAAUGAAGCAUUCAAGCACUUUGUGAGGGCUGUGGUUGAGAAAUUUGGAGAGCAAUACUUGAGGGCACCUACGGUGGAUGACACAAAACGUUUAUUUGUUAUGAACAAGGCUAGAGGAUUUCCAGGUAAUAAGAAGAAGCAUUUUGCAAAGGUGCAAGAAGCUGUGAGGAAGGAUGUGGAGAGAGCAUUUGGUGUUCUACAUAUUCGUUUUGCAAUGGUGAGGGGUCCUGCAAGAUGGUGGGACCCGGAUACUCUUUGGUACAUCAUGACCGCUUGCGUCAUUCUGCAUAACAUGAUCAUUGACGAUGAGCGAGGUGAGUAG